UCUCUCUCUCUCUCUCUCUCUCUCUCUCUCUCUCUCCAAUCUGCUGCGGCCCUGGGGUUCUUCACCCGACUUAGAGAACUCGGAUCACUACCAUUCUUCCAAGUCGCUAUGCGACCCUUGGAGAUGUCUGCAGUGCAAGGGCCGCUUGAGAUCAUGUUUCGAUUGCACGAUGGUUCUGACGUUGGUUCAAGAAGUGUGCGCCUGUUACAUGUGUUGCCACCCUCAAAGAAAGCAUCCUUGCUCAGUGGCCUAAAGGUUUGUCUGAUGAACCUUAUGGCAAUUAUUGGAGUACAGAUGGUAGAAAUUCUGCUUUCAUCUUGUAAGUCGUGUCUUCUAUUUCAUUAUGGUUCAUCAUUAUUGAUGAAGGCAUGCUGAGAGAUUCUGGACGAAUGUGAGAAGGAGAAUGGUACAUAGACUGCAGACAAUCUUCAGUUGUUUAGCGCAGGGAAAAUAUUAGAGAACAAUUGAACUUUAGCGGAGUGCAGGAGCCCAAUGUGUGAUUUUUCUGAAGUUACAACUAUGCAUGUUGUUGUUUGCCCCCCCCUCUUCUGAAAGAUGGACUGAUUAUCCAUGUGCGGAGAGGGUAUCGAGCAAACCAAAAAAGAAUAAGUGCAGUUGUGUUGUCUUGUGAUAUGCUCUUUCAAGAAAAGCAGAAGGAAGGUCACCUGGUUGUGUUAAUCAAUUAUCUUGUCCUGUUUCUUUGGUGCCUGACCCCAGACAUCUAUUUAGUCAGUAUAUUUAUGAUCACCGGCAAAGUAGUGCUGGAGCAAAAGUAAGCAUUUGCAUAAACAAAGAUCUAUAUCGUGCCUCAGCAAAGCUGCUACAAAUAUUAGUUUUUUUCUUUCCCCUUAUGGAAUCAAGUCUAGUAAUGAUUCAUAUCGACUAUCUCGUCUUGCACAACUGAACAAAUAUUAUCAACCUGAACUCAAAGUCUAUACUUUCAGAGGGCCUACUUAUAUACAUUUUAUGUCCCAUCAUCUAGAGCAACUGAACUUUAAGAAAAAGCCUUGUGGAAAUCUGAUCCCUGAAACAAAGUGCUAGACAAAUAAGCCUGAUGUUAAAUUAUGAUUCAUGAACACCAAACCGAGUCUUAAAAUUAUAAUGAUUGAUACAAAGGUUGGCUCUAGAUUAAGUUGGACAUAGGGCUGCAAGAGAGUUUGGUUUGGGUCAGAAUCUAGCUUGACCCAGACACAACCUGAAUUGGCAUCAAGAUCCAGCUCAUCAAUCACCUAGGGUUUGAGCCAAUUCAGGCAGACAGUUUCCAAUUUCCAAUUUGGGAUCCAUGCUUGACACAUAGGUUUUAAGUUCAAGUGUGAAUAAGUCUAAAUUGCGUAGGCCAGCUAUGGGUCUUAAGCUGCAACCCUGGCUGGAACGACCCAAGCCUGACUCAUGAGGAAACUAGGCUUGGAUUAAACUGAAGGGAAGGCUCAUUUGAAAUCUACAGCGGGAAGUUAAGAAACCUGUCCAAAGGAUUGGGUAUUAUCUUGUCUUGUCUCGGAGAUGGUUAAAUUUUUACCUAUUUAUAGCCAGGUACUUAACAAUAUAGUCAAUGAUGGUUUGAGCUCCUAACAAUCCUUACCUUUUCUGUUAAUGACAUUCCUAAUUUUAGAAAACUUAUCCAUCUAUAAAAAGCCCAGAUCCUGUAGUAUUUCCAUCCCACGCCUCCCUCUUGUACCAUCCGUGUCUUCUAACUCAAAAUUUUGGCCUUCUCAAUGGGUGGUAGAGCCAUGGGUGUCCAAUCCUCCUUCCUUUCUAUUUUGCUCUUCUCCAGCUUCUCUUUGGGUCUAGGGGACAUGGUGACUGUGACCGUGAAGGCAGUGACCACAAUUGCCCAAACAGAUGACAACUUCAUCUGUGCAACCAUCGACUGGUGGCCCAAGGAGAAGUGCAACUAUAACAUGUGCCCUUGGUACAAUUCCUCCAUCAUUAACUUGGACUUGAACAACACUAUUCUUUUUAAUGCCAUUAAAGCUUUCAAGUCUCUGAGGGUUAGGCUUGGAGGGUCACUGCAAGACCACGUGGUGUAUAAAAUAGGAAGAAAACCUGCCCAGUGUGAAGACUUCAAGCUUGAUCAAAAUGGGCUCUUUGGCUUCUCUAGGGGCUGCCUCAGCAAGUCUAGAUGGGAUGAACUCAAUGCAUUUUUAAAUAAAACUGGAGCUAUAAUAACGUUCGGACUGAAUGCACUUGCUGGGAGGAGAAAAGCCCCAGAGGGUAACCUCUACAUUGGCGACUGGGACAGUGCUAACGCUCGGAAACUCAUCAGAUACUCUGUCUUGAAGAAUUAUAAGAUUGAAUCUUGGGAAUUUGGAAAUGAGCUCUCUGGGCAAGGGGUCGGUGCAAGUGUGGAUCCUAAGCAGUAUGGCAAGGAUUUGAUUGCCCUGAAAAAACUGAUCGGUGAUUUAUACAAGAAUUCCAGUACUGAACCGAAGCUAUUGGGCCCUGGUGGUUUUUUUGAAGCACAAUGGUUCGCUGACAUGCUUCAGACAUCAGGACCUGGUGUUGUAAAUGGUGUUACUCAUCAUAUCUACAACCUUGGUGCAGGUGUUGAUAAAGAGCUAAUCUAUAGGAUUCAAGACCCCUAUUAUUUGUAUCAGAUAGCGCAGAUAUAUAAUGAUAUUCUGGCCGUUAUCAAGGAUUUUGGCCCAUGGAGUUCUGCUUGGAUUGGUGAAGCAGGCGGCGCCUACAACAGUGGAGGCAAAGAUGUGUCGAAUACCUUUGCAAAUAGUUUCUGGUAUUUAGAUCAGCUUGGUAUGGUAAGCACAUUUAAGCACAAGGUCUUCUGCCGGCAAGCCUUGAUUGGAGGAAACUAUGCUCUCCUUAACACCACCACAUUCAUCCCCAACCCAGACUUCUAUAGUGCUCUGUUGUGGCAUCGAUUAAUGGGACCUGGUGUUCUUCAUGCCACUCACCAGAGCUCACCAUUCCUUCGAGCCUAUGCUCAUUGCUCCAAACAAAAGCCUGGGGUUACUUUAUUGCUGAUCAACCUAUCAAACUCAACAUCCUUCGAUGUCACAGUUUCCAGUGACCUGAACCUGUAUCCACCUCUACUGACUGAAUCUUUAGCGUCGGUAACAGAGAAGGGACAGAGGGAAGAGUACCAUCUGACUCCUCAAGGUGGGAACAUCCAAAGUAGAGUUCUGCUUCUUAAUGGGCAACCCUUGAAACCUACAAGUGAUGGGCAGAUCCCUGAAAUGUCCCCAUUCAUUGCUGAUACUGCUGCCCCUCUACACGUUGCUCCUUACUCGAUUGUCUUUGUCAGAUUCAAGGACUUCAAAGCUCCAGCUUGUGGCAAUCAUUGAUAAGCCUCCUACUAAACAUUUCAGAGUUGAAUGCGUUGAAGAAAUUUGCGCUUUACCAUUCUUUGCUGUCUUUAUUCUUUCACAUUUGCAUGUUGGACAAGCAGUGCAGCAUUCAGUAAUAUAAGAGGAUUUCAGCCAAAAAGUACUUUGAAUUUUCAAAGCUCUCUCUCUCUCUCUCUCAGAGAGAGACCGACAUUCCAGCACCCUUACAAUAUGAUCAAGUGAUUGAUUCUUAUUUAUUUAUUUAUUUCAUCUCUCAAGCUAUAAUAUCUAAGCAAGUAGAAUUUUUCCUU